UCCGGAGUAAGAGCACGAAGCAACAUGUCAAAGGGACCAGCUGUUGGCAUUGACUUGGGCACCACCUACUCCUGUGUAGGUGUGUUCCAGCAUGGUAAAGUGGAAAUCAUUGCCAACGACCAGGGUAACAGGACCACACCCAGCUACGUAGCAUUUACAGACACAGAGAGGCUGAUUGGGGAUGCUGCCAAGAACCAAGUGGCCAUGAAUCCAACAAACACAGUGUUUGAUGCUAAGCGGCUGAUAGGGCGAAAGUUUGAUGACGGUGUUGUCCAGUCGGACAUGAAACACUGGCCGUUUAAAGUGAUAAACGAUUCAACACGACCCAAAGUCCAAGUGGAGUACAAGGGAGAGAGCAAGGCCUUUUACCCAGAGGAAAUCUCCUCCAUGGUGCUGGUCAAGAUGAAGGAGAUUGCAGAGGCCUACUUGGGCAAGACUAUAACUAAUGCAGUGAUCACUGUGCCAGCUUACUUCAAUGAUUCUCAGCGCCAGGCCACCAAAGACGCAGGGACCAUCUCAGGACUCAACGUACUACGCAUCAUCAAUGAGCCAACUGCUGCUGCUAUUGCCUAUGGCCUGGACAAGAAGGUGGGAGCAGAGCGGAAUGUCUUAAUCUUUGACCUGGGCGGUGGUACGUUUGACGUGUCUAUCCUUACCAUCGAAGACGGGAUCUUUGAGGUGAAGUCCACAGCCGGAGACACCCACCUGGGAGGUGAGGACUUUGACAAUCGCAUGGUCAACCACUUUAUCUCAGAGUUCAAGCGGAAGUACAAGAAGGACAUCAGCGAUAACAAGAGGGCUGUGCGUCGCCUGCGCACGGCCUGCGAGCGUGCCAAGCGCACCCUCUCCUCCAGCACCCAGGCCAGCAUCGAAAUCGACUCUCUGUAUGAGGGUGUUGACUUCUACACCUCCAUCACCCGGGCUCGCUUUGAGGAGCUUAACGCUGAUCUGUUCAGAGGCACGCUGGACCCCGUGGAGAAGUCUCUUAGAGAUGCCAAGAUGGACAAGGCCCAAGUCCAUGACAUUGUCCUGGUUGGAGGCUCAACACGCAUCCCUAAAAUCCAGAAGUUGCUGCAGGACUUCUUCAAUGGAAAGGAGCUCAACAAGAGCAUCAACCCUGAUGAGGCUGUGGCCUAUGGUGCAGCUGUCCAAGCGGCCAUCUUGUCUGGGGACAAAUCUGAGAAUGUCCAGGAUCUGCUGUUGCUGGACGUCACACCGCUGUCCCUGGGCAUUGAGACCGCUGGAGGGGUCAUGACUGUGCUCAUUAAGAGGAACACCACCAUCCCCACUAAGCAGACGCAGACCUUCACCACGUACUCUGAUAACCAGCCGGGGGUGCUCAUUCAGGUGUUUGAGGGGGAAAGAGCCAUGACCAAAGACAACAACCUGCUGGGGAAGUUUGAGCUGUGUGGGAUACCACCAGCCCCCCGGGGUGUGCCUCAGAUUGAGGUCACCUUCGACAUAGACGCCAAUGGUAUCAUGAACGUGUCGGCUGCCGACAAGAGCACUGGCAAGGAGAACAAGAUCACCAUCACCAACGAUAAAGGUCGUCUGAGUAAGGAGGACAUAGAGCGCAUGGUCCAGGAGGCUGAACAGUACAAGGCUGCAGACGACGUCCAGAGGGAGAAAGUGUCAGCCAAGAACGGCCUGGAGUCAUACGCCUUCAACAUGAAGUCCACUGUGGAAGAUGAAAAGCUCAAAGGCAAGCUCAGUGACGAGGACAAACAGAAGAUUCUGGACAAGUGCAACGAAGUCAUCAGCUGGCUGGACAAGAACCAGUCUGCAGAGAAGGAUGAGUUUGAGCACCACCAGAAGGAGCUGGAGAAAGUGUGUAACCCCAUCAUCACCAAGCUGUACCAGGGUGCCGGGGGCAUGCCAGAGGGGAUGCCAGGAGGAAUGCCUGGGGGGUUCCCAGGGGCUGGUGGGGCUGCACCUGGCGGAGGCUCAUCCUCUGGACCAACCAUUGAGGAAGUUGACUAAGCCAAUCUGCAUUAAAUCCUGAGGAUGGGGAGAGUUGGGGGUCUAUCUUCCACAGCUGGUGCGGGGCUGACUCCUUUUCCCACUGCAAUUAUGACUUUAGUUUGUUUUAUCUUUGUAUGCUGAAAAUAACCGUUGAUUUAAUCAUUCUCAUGGGCCCCCUUCUAUAAGUUAAAUGGUUUCUUGUCUUACCCAUUGAAAGUUUACCAUAAGUAAAGCAUGUUUUUCACAGAAGGAAGUCUGUGACUGCCAAUUGUUGGUUAAAGGUAGUGGGGGGGGGGGGGGGGGGGGGUAAACUCUUGGAUUAAUGUUCUGUCAGAUCGUUGUUUUUAUUAUGAAUCAAUACAAAUCCUGAAUUUGGGACUUAUCUGGCAUGUUAAAGACAUUAAAUAAAAUGUGGAAAUAA